CUGUGGACAAUCUAAGAGGAACUGACAGUAUAACUGAAGUUGCCAAAGCCAUGAAGACCCAUAACACCUCGGAGAAGAAAACAUCAGGAUCCUCCGGUCCUUCCCGAUGGCACAGGGGCAGGUUUCGGCGCAAGCCCUCCCCGCAGAUGGUGGUGAAGGGACAGCUUCGGAUGCGCUCGCCCUCAGGAGUCUUCGUGAUGGUGGGGAUCUCGGUGGUCUUAGUGGGAAUGACCAUUGCUGUGAUUGGAUAUUGGCCUCACCGUACAAAGUCUGGAAGUGGUAGACCAGGGAACUCUAGUGUUGCAGGAGACAUCAGGAAGGAAAUUAAGGUUUCUCCCCAAGCCCACCCCUUCCUUCACAGUGAGAAAUUGAAGCUCAUUGGACCAGUUGUCAUGGGUGUGGGACUCUUCAUCUUCAUCUGUGCUAAUACUUUGCUGUACGAAAACAGAGAUAUGGAAACUCGCUUGUUGAUGCAGCAGGAACUCUAUUCCAUGGGCCUGAAUUUCCCACAGGACACGGGACCAACAAGUGAUUACUUUCAGAGGAGAAGGACCACUUCAUCUACCCUCAGGGCCAAUGCUGAAUGUGUAGAAGGCUACUACGAGGUGGAUCUUUCUUCCAGUGGCUUCCAAUCUUGCUCCAGCCCUGUGAAGAAAUGGGUCAAUAGCUGCAAUUCCAGCAGGCUCCAAACCACGACCCAGUUCUUUCAUCACAAGAGCCUCUCACCUUCGCUGUCCCACUUGAGCAUCCAUUCUGACUGCAGCAACACCCUGCCAGAGAAUGGAGCCUUCUCCUUUGCUCGCGGAGCAGAGUCGGUCCUCUCUACAGCUGUCAAUGCCCUGCCUUUGCCUCUCAUUAAGCUUAAUAACUGUCUUCUUGAAAAGCAGUGUGUUUCCCGGGUGGGUAUCCAGGACUUGGAAGGCAAUUGUAGGUUGCCAGAGGAGAGGGAGGAGGUACAGAGACUCUCAUGGACUCUUCUGCCUGGAUGCAACCUCAUUGUGCCCAGGAAGGACACACUUAAAGGCAGCCACAUAGUUAUUGAUAUGGAUAGCACACCCCACUCAGGCAACUUGGUGGAUAAAUUUCAUGAAUGUGCAAAGAGAGUGUUCCCAAAUUCAGGUCAUUCUAAAUCCUUGGAUCUUGGCCAGCCAAGAACGGCAUUGGUGGCACCAAGCAUAGAAAGGAAACAUAGGAGCUGGCCUAGGCUGGACCACAUUGACCUACUCAACUAUGCAAAACUGGAAAGCCAAGGAGAAUCUUCUGAUAGGCUUUUGGAAGCAUCAAAAGAGCUUUUUAGGGGGGAGAGCAUUUCAUUAUCCCAGGAAAUUCCUAUGAAAACAGGUCCUAUCAUUUGAUCCGGCACCUAAAGGGAACUGUGUUAUUUUGCUAUGUCAGGUUAGGCAUUGCCAAGAGAAGGCAGGCUGAUACGUAUUUGCAAUGAGCAUUGCAAUGCUGGCUGCUUAAUUCAUCAGCCAAGGUCUGUUGCCAAUGGAGAAAUACUUCGGAUGGACUUUCUUCCCAAGGCUCUGCGGUUUCUUGCCUUAACUAAAAGUCUGAUUGAGUGUGAAAAACUUUGCCAUGAAUGGACUGCACAUGCCAGGUUGCGUAUGUCUGUGUAGGACCACAAGCCCUGGUUAGGUCCAUGAGCCUGUCACACAACUGGGCUGCUAACAAUGCAUUUGUAAGGGCUGCAGGGAAGAGUCAGAAAAUAGCACGACUUCAGAAAUCCUAAAGCGAUUUUAAAAAAUAGUUUUAUACAGGGAUGCAAAUUUCUCAGUUCAUUGAAACUCAAUUACAGUUCCUGCCUGAGGUCUCAUAAUGCUCGGUUAGGAAUACUAGUUUAUUUUUCUUUUAAAGACAGUUUGAAUACACUUGUAUUGCUGAUCUCAUCAUUUGGAAGCUA